AUGUUGGGUGGCCCUCCCGCAGCGCAAAGAGACUCGCAGCCGCCGCCUUCGCAUUUUCCUGCCCCAGCGACCUCGGCGCCUUCGGGACCGACGUUCGCGCCGACGAUGCAGGCUUCCCCGAGAAUGCACUCUGCAUCUUCCGACUACCAGCCUUUCAGAAGACCUCAGACACCAGACCAUCAGCGCCCGUAUGAUCCGAGAGGUAGUGCUGCUGCAUCACCACAGGGUGCGUAUUCGACCACGCCCGAGAUGCAGCGGUACGGUACACCCCAGCAGGGCUACCACCAGCGCGGCCCUUCAGCUCAAGAUGGUAGAGAAUCGAGCCGAAUGCCCCAAGGCCCUCCGCCGAGGCCUACGAGCCAGCCAAAGUCGUUCCAGAACAUGCCGCCGAGGCCUGCUGACAUGGGUCGAAACAACGGACCGGAAGAGAUGUAUCCGAGGCGGGAGGAGAUAUCUAGAGGCUCAAUGGAGUACAAUCCUGAAAGACCCGGUCUGAAGCCCAUGACCUUUGAUGACCGUUACCGCGCAGAAAGGGACCGUCGGGAUGAGAUCGAGUUCAGGGAAAGAGAGCAGGCGAGGGAAAGAGAACGCAGAGACAGAGCAUAUUCAGGAGGAGACAGUGGUCGAGGAGCUCUUGUACACCAGGGCGAAUAUCGGCCGCAGGAAGUUCAAAGAGGUCAGCCUCCGCCAUUUACUCGGCCUCCGGAGCAGCAACGCGAACAAGGCCCUUGGCCACCAAGACAGCAGCCGCCUUUUGAUCAGUCCAGGGUACCGUACGAUCCCGCUGGACUACACCCAAGGCAUCACGAAUACCCUCCGACCUCUGCGCCUGGCUACCCACCUCAGGCUCAGGGCCAUCCCGCCCCAGCUCCUCAAUUCCAGCAGCAGCCGCCUCCCAACGAUCGGUAUCCCCUUCCCAACCAUGCUCAACAGCCCCCUCCAGGCCAGCCUGGGCCACCAGGUCAGCCCGGUCAGCCUGGUCAGCCGCACCUGCAGCUGCAACAACCCCAACAGCAGCAGCAGCCUUUUGACUCUCCCGAGCGGCGGAUAAACCACCUACAUCCCCAAGCGCAACCGCCUCCAUCGCAUCGCCGUCCUGUCGAGGAAGGCCCGCCGCCUCCAUCAGUCGCAUACAGUACACCUCAUGGCCCGCCAAUGUACGAUUCGCCUCGCAACCGACCUGCUGAAGAGCAUCCGAACAAUAACCAGAGAAAUCUGUUGGCGGUCCAAGAGAUUAAUCGGAAAGGACGAGUGUCACCAUUGCCCCAAGCUGUCCAAGGAGCGCAAUCACGACAGCCAGGACCACCGGGACAACUCAGCAUCAAGAGCGAGUUCGGUAAGAUGUUCUCCGGAAUAGGAAGCGGAGUCACCCUUACUGGCAGCCCUGUCAAUACAGUAACUCCAUCGCCAUACACAAACGCGAGUCUUGCAAGACGCGACGAAACAGACGGCCCAGCGCACGAGUCUGGACCAGACACAACAGCGCCCAAACCCAAGGGCAGGCGAAGGAAGUUAAAAGAAGAUGACACCAAGGGUGACGAGGAGAGCACGGGACGACUGACGCCUGUUGGUCGAGCAAAGCGCCCGAAGACUCAUCAACACCACCACCAUCAGUACGUCCCGGUUCCCUCUGGUCUUUCUACACCGACUAACGACGACAGCCAUCAUCACCAUCACCACCAUGGUCAUCAUGCUGUCGAUCACGCCAAUGCUCCCGCCCCUACUCCCAGUGGCGGCACGCCUUUCAAGAACGUCAAGGGAAGCACUCCCAUCCCAUCCCCGACAGGACUGGCGAAGGAUUUGCCGGCUGCUCACCACCACCAUGUUCCUCGACCGGCGCAUCAGCAUACACACGUCAAGGAGACGCCAGCCAAGCAGGCCGUGCAGAGCCCGACGAAUGUUCUUCCUCCCAAGCCGAAGACGAUUGUGACCUCAAAGGCUGUGGUCGAGUCGGUUGCACACUUGCCACGAACUCAUCUGGGCGAUGUGCUCUAUGAACCCAAGCUCAGCCCCGCGAGACAAUUGCCAAAUGUUCCAUCAGGCCGCGGAUUCUCUUCGACCCCCAUGCCACUUCCUUGGAAUGUCAUCAAGGACAAGGAGAACUGCACACUCACGGUGAAGGUACCCAAGGUGCACCUCACUUCGGCGGCGAGGGAAGAGAUCACGGCUCGCAGAGCGUUAUGGGGCACAGACGUGUACACAGACGACUCAGAUGUCGUUGCUGCCUGCAUUCACGGUGGAUGGAUUCGGGGUGAAUGGGCUGACGAUGUGGACGUGGGAAUGUUGGACCUCGAUCGCGGUAUCAAUGCUCCUGAAAAAGAAGUUCCGGCAACGAAAAGACGCAGCAAGGAAAAGGAAAAGGAGGAGAAGGCCCGACUAGAGGCCAACUCGGCCACAUACCUCGACAAGCCGCCCAGGACGGGCCCUGUUACUGUGCCCGCCGAUCGUGAUAUGCACGUCAGCCUUGUGGUUCUCCCGCGACUGGAUAGAUACGGUAGCACUACUCGCUUCGGUAUUCAAUCGCGAGAAUUUGGCGGACGAUACAAUGGUCGACAGUCGGUCCAUGACGGCAUCAGCUACAUGAUUACGGGUAUUCGCUGGGUCACGAAUGGCGCCGGUACGCAGAACCGUCUCCGUGGCAAAGGCCGCCGGGAGCGAAUGCGCAAGGCUAUGGGAGAGAUGCACGCGGCCAGCCGAGGCCUUAAUGGGGCUGAGCUGGAGCGCGAGAAGCUUCGCCUGAGCAAGAUUCGAGGGGAGAUCGUCUCCGGCACCUGGUGGAAGAGGAACCAAGGUGCGCGCGCCCCUGGCGAGUACAAGGAAGAAAGAGCGCCGAGUGAAGGAGACAAGGAAAACAGAAUCGACGGCGAGCGUCCUCAAAGUGCGGCUCCCAAGGCGAACGGGGUCACCACGAAUGGCGCUCCGGCAGCCGAUGACGACAAGAUGGAUAUGGAUGGUGCCGCCGCCAAGGUCUCUGACGUUCCGGUUGCUUAG